AUGACCACAUUCCUAAGCGGGCUGCUACGAUUUGGUGCGGACGCUGGUGUGAAUUGUGAGAACAGCGAUAAGACAUCGUUCACGUGCGAUCGCAUAGGCACUAAGCAAUUCAUUUCGAAUAAGGAAUACCUCCAGCGCUGUGUCGACAAUGAAGGGACUGUAAAUGGUGCGCGAGGUGCUACAGAUACGUCACGCGCAGUUGACGGACUUGUAGGUGUGCAAGUCGAUGGCACUAUCUGGAGCGGAGGCGCGGUUCGGAUUGGUGGAGGGCCAGAGAUUAGGGGCGGAUUAGGUACUAAGAGCGCAGUAUCCUGGACUGGUACCACGGAUUUCGUUUAUGCAUAUAAACUGAGUGUGGUCCGCACAUUGUGGGGAGAGGUGGCAAUUGAGCGCAGUCUCAGGGCCAAGGUCAAGUGCUGUUCUGUGAACAGCGGGUCUGAGGAGAGCGAGUCUGAGGAAGAUGACUAUGGAGUUCCUCUAGACGUGGAGUAUCCAGAUGACUUCAAAAUUCAGCUCGAGGAGGAUCAGAAUGAGUUCGAGGUUGAGCUUGUUGAGGAAGAUGAUAUCGUGGUUAUCUACACUAUUCCUGUAGGCCAAUGA